CCAGAGCAACGGACCCACAGCUGCUCAGGUCUCUGCAUCGGUAACUCCACUUCCCAGCCCUUCUUCACCUGGGACAACACUUGCUCUCCCGAAGGUGGGGAUGAUCAAGGAAGAGCACGAGGUGGCCGUGCUGGGGGCGCCCCAGAGCUCAGCUCCCAUGCCAACCACCGUGAUCAACAUCCCUACCGAGAUCUCUGUACCCGACCACAUCGUCUGGUCCCUGUUCAACACCGUCUUCUUGAACUGGUGCUGCCCGGGCUUUGUGGCAUUCGCCUACUCCGUGAAGUCUAGGGACCGGAAGAUGGUGGGCGACGUGACUGGGGCCCAGAGCUAUGCGUCCACCGCCAAGAGCCUGAACAUCUGGGCCCUGGUCUUGGGCCUCUUUCUGACCACUGGAUUCAUUGUUCUUCUGGGAUAUGCCGCCCUGAACUUCUACCAGAUCGUUAUGAUAUCCACGUAGGAGGGAAGAGGCUACUUCUAGCUGCCCAUGGCUGCGGCCCCAUCCCUACCGUCCCCGCAUCCUGGGGCUGUUGGCCCUGCCCCCUCGCCCCUACCCCUUUCUACAGCAGUUUGCACAGACAUGCCUGUCUACACCUGGAUUCAAUAAAGCACACUUGCCUGUGAC